ACCGCUGGAGUUGAGAGUACGUAUUGUUAGUCUGCGAGAUGAAAGUCUAAAAUGAGGUGCAUUAAUGCGCGCUAUGUGUGUCCGUGUACGGUUUUAUGACAUGAAGGCAGUGCGUUGAUCAGCAUUAGAACCCUUGGCUUUGGCACUUUAUGACAGUCUGAUCCGCAGUUCCUCACUUCGCAGUCAUGAGGCAGCCUUUCAUAGUUCUGCUUGCAGCGGUGGUUUGCUCAGGAAGCACGUCAAUCCGGGGCCUGCUGCAGUCAAGCGGAGGAGCAAAUUUGGGAUCAUGCCAGCAGCCCAGGCGGCUUGGGCCACGGGGUAAAAUCAGCAGCCCAGGAUAUCCAAUUUCCUACUCAAACCACACAUCUUGCAGCUGGUCCAUAUUUGGUCACCGUGACCAGGUUAUUACUAUAAGUUUUGAUGACUUGGACCUUGGUGGCCUGGAAGACUGUGAGAAAAAUCCCUGUUGUGGUGGCACUUGGAUAAAGCUGGGCCCUACACCAAAUGGAGGCGAGAGAGUGCACUGUGGCCGCAAGCGUCCCGAGCCCUUUAUUUCACGCAAUAGUAAAGUGUGGAUCAAGUUCCACAGCUCCCCAAUGCAGGUGCCCCAGGGCCGAGGCUUCCAGCUGUCCUAUACUGUAGGUGGAUAUAAGCAGUCGUCAUCAUGUAGACCAGAUGAAUAUCAAUGCCGGAAUGGAAUGUGCAUCUUUCAGCAUUGGGCUUGUAAUGGUCGGGCUGAGUGUGAGGACAACUCGGAUGAGCUGCAAUGUCCCUGCCCAGGUGGAAUGUUGCGCUGUGCAACAGGGAGUGGUUGCUACAAUAGGGAGGCUCAUUGCAAUGGGCAGCCUGACUGCCCUGACAUAAGUGACGAGCUGGACUGUGCCUUCUGUGGGCCAAACCGUACCUUGUGCAGUCCCACUUCUACAGCCUGCUAUGACCCUCUCAACGAGCGCUGUGACAGCAUAUUUCACUGUGAAAAUGGGGAAGAUGAACAGGGUUGUAUAUCUGGCUGUGAGCAGAAGAUAAUGUGUGCCUCUGGAGUGGGCUGCUAUCGUCCGCAGGACCGUUGUGAUGGUGUACCUCAUUGUGCUGAUCGCUCAGAUGAGACUGGUUGUGGACCAGAAAAGUGUCGCUCUGAAAGAGGUGCUUAUCUUUGUGGUGAUGGAAGGUGUGUUACUGAAGAUUCUGUUUGUGACCGGGUGACGGAUUGUCCAGAUGGCAGUGACGAGUAUGGAUGCUUGAGGAACAGCAUGAUAACAGCUGCCAUCAUUGGGUCCCUGUUCUGCGGGUUGCUUGUUGUGGUGGCUGUCAGCUGCUCAUGCCGGCUGUAUGCACUGCGGCUGGCACAGCAGCAAGCAGCAGCUGCCGAGGGCCCUAUGGACUCACCUCCUUUGUUUGCAGACAGUGCACCACCGGAUUUUUGGUUUCGAGAGCCUCCACCACCAUAUGCAGUUGCUGUUGGUGACCACAGGUACCAUGUCCCACCAGAUGGUGUGAUAGUGUAUGGGCCUGGAGGUGCACAGAAUGACUUGGGAAAUCUGUGUACGCGAGGCACACAGCGUCGCACGCGGCGCCUGCGGCGCCAUCGCCGGCGCCCUCCGUCUCCUCCUACACCUUCAGUCACAUCUCACGAGACAGGAUCAUCAGAGGAAGUGCUGGCCACCGCAGUUCAUGGUGACAACAGCCUUGUCCUGGGUGUCCACACAGCUACAACAUCCAGGCGGAAAGUCUCGACAACAUCUGUGCUGUCCGAAGGGACUAGCCGAAUGGCCCUGCCUGUAGUGGCCACAGACACAGUGGUCAGCUGUGAUGACACACGGCCAUUGAUUGAGGAUGACCCCCACUGCACCACAUGAGUCACCGAACGUAGUUCGUACAUGUGCUGGUGCCUCAUAUGAGCUCUGGGAUGUCCACAUGGCAUUGCUCAGCAGUGGCUAUAUGACUAAUGAGCACUUCUCAGAUGCCUGUCUUUACUUGCAGGAGAAUCUGUGUGGUAGCUGGUAACUUUAAUGGCAUAUACCAUUCAGUUGACAUGUUUUGUCUGUGAAGAGUGUCACAUGCACCAUCAUUUACUUUUUGUCAUUGGUUCAUUCAUCUGUUUUGCCAGCAGCUUAUUAACCAGCCAAGCAAACCACAUUCUAGAUUCACCAUUUUAAAGCUAACUGCUGAGUGUACCGCUUAUAAUUUUGUGGUACAUGGCUAACAUAUUGUGCAAAAGGUCAAUUUUGUCUUGUGAAUGGUACCGAAAGCGGAUCCACUGUGAUGUUACUACUCACCUUUAGGACUUUAGGACUUGGUGUGCUCCACCUGAAAUGACACUAAACCUGGGCACAGCACGGUGUUAUCACUAAGACUGAUAGUGUUCAGUUUCCAGGAUGUGAUGUUACUAGUUAAAGUUUACAAUAACAAAAAGUCUAAAGUCAGUGCUUGGAUAUUGUACUGCUUUAAGGUUUUCCCAGGGUCAGUUUUAAAUACUUUCAUGUUUUUAAACUUGGGAUCACAAGUUGCAGUUCCCGCUUUUUGCCUGUUGAUGUGAGCUGCAUAGACACAAGUUCAGUCUUGUUAUGUACACAGAUAUAUAUAUGUAUAGUUGCGAUUUGUAUAGGUUGUUGUACAAGGAUAGAAAGGGUCUGUACAGAAUUGUAUCAUUGUUAACAGCCUUCCCACUUACUUUAAAAACGUUCAUCUUUCUUCUGGCAGAGCAUUUAGUCCUUAUCAUUGCGGAUCAUGUACCACCCUGCUUUCUUCCUUCAACAGUCUGCUUUGAUCAAGUUUUACUAGGUGUACUAUCUGAAAAAAGAAAUGUAAUGCACAUUUAUGUCCAUACUUUGGCUGCAAUGUCAUGACGUGCACCAAACUAAAAUUGAAGAUUGGUGCAAGUCAAUAAUGUAAUCAGGCUUUUAUUGCCACUUGUUUUGUAUAUGUUCACUCCUGCGUGCAAUUCAAGCAAACAUUUGAACUUGUGGCACUGCCAGCGAAAAUACUUGUUCAGCCAGUAUGCCCUUCUGGCGUACUGCUUUAGCUGUUCUUAGCUGCUUGAAAGUUUUGUCAGCUUAGAAACUCUUGUCAGUGGUCUGGAAUGGUGCAAGAAAAGAAAGUGGAGUACUACCUAUACGAGAUAUUUUUUUUUAAAGACGAUACAGAAUUUUUUUUAAUCACCUAUGGCAGAUAGCACAAUUAUAAUCCUAGAAGUGGAUUAGAAGAGGUGGACAUUACUUGCACAAGAAAUUGAAAUGUACAAUCAACUAAUUAACAAAAGUGAUCUAAGUUUUUACCUUUAUGGCUCAUAUUGCAUUUUACUAAUUGUAGCUCGUGAGUUUACGAGACGUAUUCAUUUGGAACUAAUUCUCAAAAUGACACCAGUUCCAUAAUAUUUAUUUGCAAUAUGUGCAAUGAAAUACAUUGGCAUUCCCGUAACUUUUGUGUUCAAUGCAUAAAGCGGUGCUGUUUUAAAUAAGGUAAGUUGUACAACAGUGCAUUUUAACCACAAGUAUGACUCCCUACAUCUCGAAAUCCAUGCCAUUCUGAGAAUUCAUUCCAAGUCAUUCCUUGCAAACUCGCAGGCUGCAAUUAAUAAAUUGCAAUAAGUGCUGUAUUCUGAUUAGCCAAAAACUUCAUUUGUGAAAUUUUGUUAGUCUGUUAUGGAUUUUGAUUUCUCAUGGAAGCAAUCUCCACCUCUUCAAGUGAUUCAGUUCAUGGAUUGGAAUUGUGCUAUCUGCCAUGGGCAACUUAUAAAAACUCUGUAUAGCUUUAAAAAAAAAAACACUCUAUAUACUAGGCAUAGAAUGAUGGAAAGCAAAUUGGCACAACUAAUCCACAAUAUAUUUUUGUAGCAAUGUAUGUAGCUAAACGAAAAUGUGACUUUUAAAGCUUAUGGCAUUUAGUUUCCACAGGAUCUUUAAAUCACCAUACCAUAGCAUCUCCCAUCCUGCCAUACCAUUAGCUUCUCGCAAGCCAAAUAUAAUGACCCAAAAUUAUGCUAUAUUGACCUAGUGAAGAAGUUUGUCUUUAUGAUUAUGAUUAGGGCAGUUUUUGAGUGGAUGUUUUCUCAUGAUAGUAAAUACAAAGUUCCUUAUUUUGCCUGCCUGAAACCAGUUCUCCUUAUUAAAGGUUGGUGCAAGGCCGUGCAAGGUAGUUAUCCCCUUCAGGCAUCAAUUGUCUGUUGAAAAGUUUAGUUUUAAUGCAUUUCUUGCACCUGCAGUGUCAUUAAAUACAUGCAGCAGUAAAAGUGAUUGAGGAUACGAAAUCUCACUGGGACUCACCCCUGCCCCGCUUGCAUACGCACUCACACACACAUUCAAAUAUAUGGACUCGCCAUCGAAACUGUAAAAAACACUUGAGAUGCGGCAGCAGUGUAAACUGUUUUGCAUGCUCCUGUGUGUGGGAAAUGACAUGCCUUUAAAAAAAUUUGCCAAUUACAAAUCACUGUUGUCGGAAACAACGAAGAGAAUGCACUACAUGAUGGGGCAUACUUGUGUUGCAGCAAAUAUGCAGGUGUCUAUCCUGCAACUCUUCUCCAACACACUUAGUGCGCGGUAAUAAAUUUGUGAGCAGGAGUGUCCUUAUGAAUAUGUGACAUGAUUAAACAUCAAUACCUCCACUAGUGCUUAUGAUUUUUAGUUGUCUUGGCCUGGAUAAUUGAACACUCUGGGCCUAAAGGAGAUGUACAGUACCACAUAUUCUUGUGUAGAUGCCGUACCACUAAAUUUGUAUGUAAAUAUUUAAGGUAAAAAUUAUUUCGAAAAUUAUUUGUGCAUUGUCUGUGCCUGUCUUUUCUAGGCAGGCUUGUCAUUCACCCAUACUGUGCAUCCUUCGGCAUCGGCACUGUGGAAGAGGCAUAUGAGAUGCCGUUGUCAGUGGGAAGUUCGUCGAACAAGCAAUGGUGUCAUCUCAAAAUUCAUAUCUCUUCGACUCAUCCGAUCACACUUUCGCCCUCUGCAUACACUUGUGCAGUAUACACCACUGCUUCUUGUAGGCAGCGCCUGCCACUGUGUGCUGCCCUGGGUGCUUGCACAUUGCGCAGACUUUCCAAGCUUCAUACAUAAUACCUCUGUUGUUGCUCCCGCACUUCCUGAAACAUACGUGGGCACUAAUGUUUGUAACAUUCCAUUCACAUUUUGCGUAAAAACCUUGGUAGUUUAUUGACCGUGCAAGAUAAUGUAUGGCAAGGCAUCUGCGGCCACACCUGAGGGUGGCUUCACCUUUGAACAGCAUGCUACAAGUGAACCAGAAUCCAGCUGUUCCAGCUCCACGGUUGCAUGCCAGUGAGAACAAGUGAAAUAGCAAAUGAAGCUACAAAAAAAAACUUCCUGAGGUUGUUGCAUACAGCAGCAAAAACGUCCAGUUUUUCAGCAGAAAUGCAUUUAUUUACUUUUCACUUGUGCAAAGACUGCACCCUAAAAAUUUGUACUCAAAUUUAAGAAACGUGGUGCUGCGCUAACAUGAGAAUAUACACUAUAAAGUUGAACAACUGCAAGUGCUCUGUAGGCAUUGUGUACUUGUGUAGGUCAGUCAUGAAAUCAACUGCGUACACAUUAACAGUUUGAACAACAUUUUGGCAUGGAAUGAAAAAGCUUUAAGUGAACGAAACUGCACUGAAAUUUUUUAUUUCAAAUAGUGAACAUAAAAAGCAGCCUCGAUGCUCAAUUUUGGAUUCAAAAUACGAGUGGAUGCGUAGGAAGACCCUGCAAAAAUAAGCAUUUUUUAUAUCGACGCUGAAGGAAAUGCCACCAUUACCACUUGCCAGAAGUGGUGCACAACCGAGAAUGCACGACUUCUCAGCAUUACAUGGCACCCAAGGCUGCCUGUGGCACACUGCACAGUCUCGGAGGCAACAGGCUGGUACUUGCAUCAUACACAUUGGCUACCAGGUGCAUGCGUUGUCUGCUUAGGUGCUGUUUAAAGACAGCUUAUCAAAUUAUAUAAUUACCGGCCCUGCAGCUUUUCCAAAACUUCUUCAAUGCACUACACAUACAUAACUGAUCAAACUACAGUGAAACUUCAUUGCAUUUGGCCUUUGAUAUAGCAUAGUGCAGUCAAAGAAUUGAAGGAUGUAUAUUUUGAUGCCUCUUUAUCAGGGACCACCAAGAACGUGAUGAGGGUUCAGUUUAUGGUAGUAUUCCCUCCUAACUGUUCCUGGAAGUUAGACCAAGUUACAUUUUGGCAUAAGAGAGUACUACAAAUAUACUGCAAGAUAGGGCAUUUUUAAUAGCAUUUGAAAUUGAUCUAGUAGCAGUACUACUAUUGUUUCUUUUCUCUCUGCACUGUGUCUAUAGUGAUAUACAAGGGACGUUCCGAAAGUAGGUGCGUCAUUUUUUUUUUAAAGACGAUGCACCAGGUGAAACAACCACCAUAAGAAUCCAUGGUUGUUGCUGGUUCAACGAUGGAAGGAGCAUCAGUCGAAGAGGAAUGACGCAUGCACAGAGUGCCGAAGAAGAGAGAGUAGCAGCAGACCGGCGUGCCCAAGGUUAUUUGAGUACAAAUCGCAAUGGCAGAUGGACAUGUGCCGACAAUGUGGUUGCCAAUGGAAGUGUGUACUGUUAUGCUGUAUGAAUGGGCACCUGGGCCACUAUCUUGUCCGCAUUUGAAAAGCCAACAUUCAGUUUUGCCUCACGCGAUUGUCCAGGCCGUGCCGAUAUCGCGGCCUAGGUCAAUAUAGGCCAAUCGCUUGCAGCGAAACCGAACAUCGGCUUUUUGAACGCAUACAAGAUAGCACCCCUGUUCCCUGCUUUGAAAGCCAUGCUUUUGGAACGUCACUUCCAAAACAAUGCUGAGGUGGGGCAGGCUAUGCGACAAUUCCUUGCAUCACAAGGCAGAAUUUCACCAGAGUGGUUUCUUCAAGCUAAUUACAUGCUACGACAAAUGUCUGUCGGUGGUAACUAUGUGGAAAAAUAGUGCAAGGUGUAUAGUUCAUGAUGCGAUGGUGUAUUUUUUGGGGGGGCAGCAAUAAAGUUUCCGUGUGAAAGUAAAUGACGAAACUUGCUAUCGGAAAGUCCCUUGUAUAAUGUCGCUUGGCAGUUAUCUGUGCCUACACCUCAUUGCUUUUUUUCACUUAUGUGCGAGAUUCUGCAGCAUGACUAACAUACUAAAUCUCAGUAGUUCCCUUUUACAUUGUAGAAGCUAAAAAAAGCCUUAACCAUUAAGUAACACAGACGCCUGCCAGAAUGUAUUUGUGUAUGCAAUGUCAUCUGCUUGUCAUCAUCAUCAGUAUUUUCUCAUGACAUCUGCAAACACAUCUGUGCAGAAAUUGUAACUGCAUUAUUACAGGCAUUACGUUGUUAUCAGUGAGAACUGUAAUAAUUUGUGAGAAAACUCAAUAUCUGUGUGCAGUAGUUGGGAGCCAGUAAAAGCUACUAGAGUUCACGUUUCCAUGGCAAUGCCAAGGCAGUCAUAGUUUAGUUGCUCUUAAAAUGGCGACAACUUUUUACUCGCACGUUGUAGUUAACACGAGAUGAGGCAAAGCGAGAGCUAGUUGCACCGUUUCCUUUUUCUGCAAAUUCAACGCACUGCAAAGCGCUAGGGUAUUCAUAGUAAUGUGAGUGGGAGGGCGUGUUCCCUGCUGGUGUCUUCAUUUUGGCCUCGCACAGUUUCUGAAAUGACACGCUUGAAGUUUUGGAUCCUGCAAGUAAGCCUUUAUAGUCGAUCGAGAGCUGACGAAAACACAUUUCAAGUAGCUCAAGGAUUCUGUGCUAAUUUGUGCUGCUUUAGAGAAUGGGACUAUUUAUUCCACUUAACGUGCAGUGUUGGGAAACAGCAGGGCAUAAUUGGUUAAAGCACUGUCUAGAGAGAGAGCAUAUUCCAUUUGAAGUGUCCCUGUUGUUGCACACAUGACUGACUGCACAAACAAUUCGGUGUUAGUACUAUGAUUUAGUGAUAGAAUGCAGCUAGUGGAGUCUGUAUGCCUUGACAAUGCUGAAGGGAACUACUGCUGCGAAGUAUGUUUCUUUGUUAGUUUUUUUUUUUUUUCUGUGUUAAACAGUUCUAUCUUGGAAAAAGCUGCUCAAAUAAAUGAACAAGGGUGCACAGGACAUCUGAAACUUGCUGCUAUAUACAUAUUGAAGACAGCAAAUUAUAGGUGUUUUUUGACAGCCUACUGCUGUACUUGACUGCUGUAGUAAUCUAAAUUGUGCAUUUCUGCUUGCAAUAUGGGCUCUCUUUUCUCAUAUGAUCUUUCAUGAAGCAGGUGAAGUCAGUGAUCAGGGUUUCGUGUGGUUUACUAUUCUUUUUUGCAGCAUACCCACUUGGUGGUGUCUUUUCUUGUGUGAAAUUAAAAAUAAAUUAUUUUCAAGGAUUAACCCAGCUGACUGCUGUGAAACUUGUGCUGCAAGAUGUGAAGAGACCUUGGCACUCUGUCUUAUCAGAAGUUUGUCUUAAUAUAUUAAGUGCACCGUAUUAAGGUAGAUUAGGCAGAAGUCCGCAAACUGGUAUUCAGUAUAAUCUUGGAGGGUAUUCGCUGCAUAACUUUUAAUUGCAGUUGCAUUCAAGUUCUCUCCCUCCUCCAUUGUUCAAUGGGAAAGUGUCAUUCAUUCAUUCAGGUCAAAGCAAGUGUACUUUAUUCAAUGCAUGGGUGCCUCCUCACAUGUUCUUACAUUUUCCCCCAUGGGGAAUGUGGCACAGCAUUUCUUUCAUCUUGUCUGUAUGCGAUGCCAUGAUAGCAAGGCUACCUGGUUCUGUUCUAAUUUCCACAUUGUCUCAUGGCAAGCUGCUCCUUCCUCAGGCUUUAUGUCCUCCUCCUCCUCUUGAACAUACAAUCUCCCAAGUGCCUUAAUGUCUCUUUAUGCUGAGUCAGCCCAUUUGUGGGCAUGAUUUAUGCAUGCACGGGAUAUAAAUGAUGGGAACCAUUAUUGACACUUCAAUCUGAAAGUUCACAUAUUCACUGUAGUUUCAUUUAAAGAAGCAUUUAUUGCCUUUUUUCUUUAAACAAACUACAGGACUGGCGUGUGUUGAAAGAGUUAAAAUUUAAUAUGUACAGUCACUCGCAGCAAAAGCAUAGCAGUGUGGCAGCACUGCAUUUUUGAAAGUGUAGUGUGGUGGCUGCUCUGUACCAUGCAGUGCAUGGCAUUCCUUGUGUGCAGAUCACAUAAGCAAUGUACCCAUUGUAAAGGAAACUUGCAUUGUAUAUGCAAAAUAGAACCUAUUCUCCUGAAACUAGACUGCCUGUCAUUAAAAUGGUUUUUGAAGAUUGUCUGAGAGUUGGUCUGUUGGUACCCAUAUGUCUGUCUACUACACUCUUAGACAAAUGUACACUCUUUGGGGUGUAUAUUUGCCACACAAUAAUCGUCAUCUGCCUUGCCUGCGCUUCCUUUCUUGAAAACUCUGCGCCCACUACUUUCCUGCCGAGAAUGCUCUGUCAUUCUGAUAACGUGCAUGGGGUUCGUGACUUGCAAGUACCGGGCUGCCAGCGUUAAAGGAACGAAAUGCGGACAAGACAGAUGACGAUUAUCGUUGUGUGGCAAGAUACGACACGAAAGGUGUAAUUUUGUUUAAGAGUGCACAAAAAGGAUCCGUUCACACGAUUUCCUUAUCACUUGUUGCAUUUCUUGUUGUGAGUGUUGAUGUAUAGAAUACUUUACAUAAUAAAAAAAUAUUGUGUGCAUUAUAAAA